AUAAUCAAUGAUCUGUCACGUGACUCUAGGUGCGCAACUGUCAUGUAAUUUGUAGGAAAUAUCGACUAAAUCGGCGUUUUGACGUCGAAACAAACUUAUGGAUAGAUUAAGUGAUAAUGAAAUUGAAGCUCUCUCUCAGUACAGGCAUAUAAUCGAAAGUGAAUUAUUACAAGAUGAUCUCUCAGUUAGUCAGUCCGAAGGAUUCGGUCUACGGGCUCUUCACAUAGUAUCUCGAGCAGGCGAAGUUAACGUAGCCAAAAUGUUACUUUCAAAAGGGGCUAAUGUGAAUUUCAAAACAAAAAAAGGACUUACACCACUUCAUUAUGCUGUCCUGUCAGGAAAGACAGAUAUUGUUCAAUUGCUACUCUUGUUUGGCGCCAAGCCGGAUGAAAAGUCAAAACAAGAUGGGAAAACUCCUCUUCAUAUGGCGGCUGGUCGGGGAGAAUUAGAAAUUGUUCGUUGUUUAUUGGAUUCAGGAGCGGACGUUUCAAUACCGGAUUUUGAUAAAGUUUUGCCAAAAGAUACUGCCCUAUCAGCAGGGUUUGAGAGAUGCUCUUGUUUAUUAGAACACCACGAACAAAUACAAUCAAGAGCCGCUCCCGGGGUGACUCGCGUAUACAUUCCAGAAUUGGAGGAGGAAAAUGAAGCUGACACUUCAAAACUACUCGAUCAUACUGACGAUGUUCAUGAGACAUCAAAACUUCUCACCUAA